UUGCUUCACGCCAUGACCACGUCUAUACCCCCGGAGACUGAGCCCCUUCUGCUCGAUACACAAGGGGAAGAGAACCAACCUCUGUUCCCCCGACAAGAGCCCGAACGACGAUGGAAGGCAAAUCCGUACUGGGUUAUUCCCAUCGUUCUAGUGGUUAACAUUGCUCGCGGAAUGACACUGUCGCCGCGAAUUAAUGUCUUUACUGACAUUGCCUGUCGCGCUGUCGAGGCUGCCAACCUCGUAGCGCAAGACUGCGAGGCCCCUGCUGUCGCCGCUCGUGCAUCCAAGGUCCAAGCAUCCGUGCUAACAAUCAUGAAUGUCUUGAGCUCAGCAUCAACGGGGCUAUGGUCGCAGUACGGAGAUGUCAAAGGCCGCAAGAUUGUGUUCUGCGUCUCCAUCUGUGGUUUUGUGGCCAUGGAGUUUAUCUUCCUUCUCGUCUCCAAGACCUCGUUCACAGCCCGAGAAGACGUUUUCAUUUUGAUUGGGCCGGUUUUGGAGGGAUUUGCUGGGGGUUUGAGCGUGUUCAACGGGGUGGUGCAUGCGUAUGUUUCUGACUGCUCUCCCGACGGUUCUCGCUCCAGGAUAUUCUCUCUCCUCCAAGGUGGAGUGUUCUGCGGCCUUGCGAUUGGUCCCUGGAUUGCCGGUGUUCUAUUGUCCUACACGUCUUUGGGCGUCUACUCCAUGUUCAGCAUCAGCAUCAUAUUGCAACUGGUGUUGCUCGCGUAUAUCAUCUUGGUUCUGCCGGAGUCUCUACGGAAGAAAGAGUCGCUCGAGCUGCGGAGCCCCCACGACACUACUCUGGUUCAAGUGCCUUCCCCGAACAAGGGAAUUCGCUCUUACUUGCGCCGCUUCAUGGUCGCUCUUAUUUCGCCCAUCACGAUUUUCCGUCCUCGGAAAGUCGAAGUGGGCACAACAUCGAAAUUCGACUACAACGUCACCCUCAUGGGACUGGCGAUGUUCCUCUACAUCACGUCCACCGCGGUCUAUCCGCUGAAAUACCUCUACGGUCGCCGCACUUUUACUUGGGAUCCUAAACAACUCGGCUACUAUAUGUCUUUGCUCUGGAUAUGCCGCGCAACAAACCUCUUCUUCGUCCUCCCUGUUAUUGUACGCUACUUCAAGCCCAAGACUCCGAUCACGGGUGCUUCGACGCCAGACGAAAUCGCCUCUGAGCUUAACUUCGAUAAGCGCCUCGCGCAAGGGUCGCUUGUUGUUGACGCGCUCGCGGACAUGUUCGUCGCCGUCUCGUCCUCGGAACUAGCGUUUGUUGCUUUCAGCUGUUUGUCAGCGUUCACUUCGGGUGGCAACCCCGCUCUGCACUCGCUCGGCGCAGUCUGCCUCCACGCAUUAGGCUACAGCGAGGAGACUGGGAGGCUAUUUGGCGCCAUUGGUGUGCUCAACGCCAUCUCGCAUAGUAUCUCGCCGGGACUGUUCGCUUUCACCUACAGCUCGACUGUGGAGACGCACCCGAAGACGAUAUUCGUGCUUGCGUCUGGAAUGCUGUGCACAUCGGUGUUUCUGCUCAGCUUCAUUCGGGCCAGAGGAUGGUAG